AUUGGGACGCCUGGAAGUUUCGAGAAAAGCAGGAGAGCUGUCCCGGGGUGAAGUUGAGGGGAGACGGGAAACUUCCUCUGAGAGCUGCCACGUCUGUGCCCACUCCCAGCCCCACUUCCUCUGGAGCACUAGCCUAGCUUAAAGGACAGCAGCGGAGGAGAGGGAUAAACUUGAAUUAAUUAACGAUCUGCCAUGCUGCCCAGGCUUCCUGUCUAUAUCCUAAUUUCUUUGCCAGUUCUCCUGGUGCAGGGCAGCACUGCUGGUUCAUCCAAGAAGAGCCCCGUUGCACCAGCCAGCAAUCCACCCCGCCCGCCUCCUCCUGUGGGUGACCCCAGCUGGGCUCUGGGUCUGCGCCUGUACCAGGCCCUCCGCUCUGACUCGAGCUCAGUAAACACCAUCUUCUCCCCUCUGCUUGUGGCCUCCUCACUUGGAGCGCUGGGUGGAGGUUCAGUGGGCACCACUGCCAGCCAACUCCAAGACCUCCUCAGGACCCCAUCUCCCGCCAAGGCUGGAACCCGUGCUGGUGAGCUUCUGUCCGGGGCAUUGAAGAGCUUCACGGAAGCAAAUGGGACCAGCUUUCACCUGCACACAUCCUCAGCUCUGUUUUCCAAGCAAGCUCCUCCAGUCAGCCAGGCGUUUGUGAAGGAGAGCCAGGCCGGGUUCAGGCUGCAGCAUCAGCCACUGGGGAAUGGAGACUCCAAGGCAGACCUGAAGCAGCUCCAUGGUUGGGCUAAAGCUGGGCUUGGUGGGCUGGAGGGAGCUCCUUUAGCGGCUGAAAUCCAGGCUAAGGCUGGAGCCCUGAUACUGGCCAAUGCCAUGCGCUUUAAAGGGCUGUGGGAGAGAGAGUUCAGCGAGGAGAGCACAGAUCAUCGUACCUUCUUGGGGAAGAAAUACACCAAAGUGAUGAUGAUGCACAGAGCAGGUUUGUAUCGUCACCAUGAAGACAUGGAAAACAUGGUGCAGGUUCUUGAGGCGCCUCUGUGGGGAGGCAAGGCCAGCGUGGUGCUCCUGCUGCCCUUCCACGUCGAGAGUCUGGCGAGGUUGGACAAACUUCUGACCCUUGAGCUGCUGUCCAAGUGGUUGGAGAAGACCAAUAUCACCAGUCUGACCAUCUCGUUGCCCAAGGCAAACAUCACCAGCACACUCAGUCUGCAGAAACAGUUGUCUGCUCUGGGCUUGACCGACGCCUGGGACCAGAAGGCGGCCGAUUUCUCCGGGGUGUCAGACAAGAGCAAGGGGAAACUCCACCUGGGUGCAGUCCUCCACUGGGCUUCCCUGGAGCUGGCUGCUCAAGCUGGGAAAGGAGACGCAGAUCUAGAGGAGGAGAACAUAGAAAAGCCCAAGCUGUUCUACGCUGAUCACCCCUUCAUCAUCUUUGUUAGAGACAACGCUACUGGAGCUCUGCUGCUGAUGGGAGCUCUGGACCAUGCAGAAGGAGAGGCCCUCCAUGAUGAACUGUAGCACCCUCCAACAGCUAUCCUUUUUUCCUGUCUUUUUUGUCUCUGUCUCUUACACACUCCCCCUCAAAGACUGCACACUGGUUUCUAAGUUGAGACAUUGUCAUUCACUGUGGCACACUAUCACAUCAGACUACGGCUGGCUGUCAUACAUUGACACUGCACAGUCUCGCGCUGACUGGCACUGACAUUGCCAUACCCAACACUUACACAGUCACACACACAUGCCGACACCUACAUAGCAUACAUAAAUGAAAAUACUGUACAAGACAUUACUAAAGUUGACGGAUACAGCAAAAACACUAACUUGAAGAGACUCCAAGCAUUUUCUCUCUCCCACGCAUGUGCACCCACACACAUUUAAGGCCUCAAUGAUCAAGUCAACACAAAAUAAAAUGACAAACAAGAGUGCACUGACAAACACUAACAUGCUGACAAGCAGAAGUGGUUACACUGACACAACACUUAGAGCAGCAUCAACAAAGAACUUUAAAGAAGAGAGGCUUGCAGUGACACUUGAAUCCUCCCUGUCAGGCAAGCACCAGGUCAGGUGAAUGUGUGUGUGUGUGUGUGUGUGUGUGUGUGUGUGUGUGUGUGUGUGUGUGUGUGUGUGUGAGUGGUGACCGACAGAUCAAGGGUGCCCAUGCAGCCGCUCUCGGAGCUGGCAGGGACCUAUGGCGGUGUCCCCUGGGCUACAUCUGAGGAAGACUGAUGGAUCGGCCAAGUGCGUAUUGAUGAGCCAGCUUAAUGCUAAUGGCCGUAAUGAGUCACAACGCUUGUCAACAACACAGAGAGGACGGGGAACCUUUUAAUCUCUUAAUACCACCAGGGAUCAAUGACACCGUUAUGCCGCUGGAAACAAACAUGACUGACAUCGCUUGACUUAAAUCUUAAAACUAUUUAAUAUUUAGGGUGAUUACAGCUAUUGAAAGAGGUAUUGAUUUUCAUUUGUAGAAUUAUUUUUUUAAAGCACCUGAGAGGAUGGUUGAGAUGUGAAUGAACUGCAGUAGCUACUGCUAAAGUGUAUGUUUGAUAGUCGAUAAGGUGCAUUUUUUUCUAAAUAUAUAUUUCUGGCCUUGUUUUUAUUGUUUCUUCACUUGAGCUACAGUAUAUUUAUCGAUGUCUUCAUCCGCUCUUGAUACAAAUUACUACUAUUAAAAUAUAAUGUGUGUGGAUUGCCACAGCUCCAUCUUUCUUGAUAGCACUGAUACAGGCUAAGACAGGAGGUUAUUUUUUCUUUUUUACUUCUACCCUGAACCGAAUGUUGGCUGACUUUGAGCCUCAAGGGUGUAUGGAAGCAGAUUUAAAGGCCUAAACAGUUGUCAACACACUCCCCAAAUGCUUCUCAACAAACAAUGGUAAAAAUAAAAUAGAAAUAAAAUAUAUUAGUGCAUGAAAA